AUGAGCGGCCCCAUUAACGUUGCUUCUGAAUCUGAAUGGAGUAGUCUCCUCUCGGGUACAAAUGUGGUGAUCGCAGAUUUCUACGCUGACUGGUGUGGUCCCUGCAAGAUGAUUGCGCCUACAUUCGAAGCUCUCGCUAAAGAACACUCACGUCCGAAGAAGGUUGCCUUUGCAAAGGUCAACGUCGAUAACCAGUCCGGCAUUGCUCGAGCCCAAGGUGUUUCCGCCAUGCCGACCUUCAAGAUCUUCCACAACGGUACCUGCAUCGAGACCAUCAAGGGCGCCAACCCUCCCGCUCUCACAGCGGCUAUCAAUAAUGCGGUAAAGCUUGGCGGACCAGCUACUGGCAAUGUUUUCAAGACUCCUGGGCGAACGCUCGGUGGCGAGUCACGAUCUGCCUCUCUGUCCAAGCAGUGGAACUUGAAAGCCAUCUUCGAUGCCCUGAUUACGUUCUUUGGACUAUACUUUGUUUCUUUGUUCACGUUUGACCCGUAUAAGUCAGCGGAAGAGAGCCCUUUCAAUGUUCAUCGUAAACCAGCACCAAGAAGCACUGGUGGUUCGCAGAGCGCUGGUGGUGCCAGAGCUCCUCCGCGUUCGUCCUUCAAGACCUUGGCAGAUCUUGGUGGUGAUUAA